UUUUUCAGAUAUCUCAAAUAAAACUUUUAAAACAGAUAUUAAAAUAUUACCUAGUUACCAGCACUCUACAUCAUCCCGGGACCAUAAAAAUGAAAGCCCUGACUUCGCGGGCGGUGAAAAUUGCGUCCACUGUCAUUGCAUUUGUAGUGUUUGCGAUCUCAUUUGUGUUUUCAUUUCUGGGGAACGUGCCCGUUGGAGUGGAAAAAGGAAAUGCAACUCUAAAUGCAGCAACUGACAUCUUCAUUAAUACAAUUCCGGAUCUCGCAACCCGAUAUCCAACUGCAAUCCAGCCAGCACCAUGGGUGUUUGUUGUCAUAUGGCCGAUAAUUUUUCUAUGGAAUACCGUUGGGAUUUUCUAUUUGUUGGCUUCGUUGUGUUUGCCGAAAGAUCGGAGCCCGAUUUUGAGAGAGCCGUCAAUGUUUCCUGUUGAAUCUCUAAUUUUCUGGUGUCUAAGUUGGGGUUGUUCUAUGGGAUGGAUAUUUGCUUUUGACAGAGAACUAUUGGGUCUGUCAAUGUUUCUAAUCCUGGUAGCAGCCUGGUCAACGUAUGCCACGUUGGGUCUCUCCUACAGGAGUUACUACUCAGAUAUUCUCAUCUUGGAAGAACAUAGCCAUAAGAUGCUCCUGUUAGUUCGUAUCAUUAUCCAUAACGGAUUUGCCAUUCUGGCUGCUUGGCUGACGUGUGCUUGGAAGAUAACUCUCGCUGUUACAAUUACUUACAAGGAUAGCUCACCAUCUGACGAGAUUCCCGCUGCACUUAAUGGGUCAAUUACAUCAGAAGAUGCCGGUACAAUCGGGCUCUCAAUCUUACUUUUCGAACUUGUGCUAUGGUUUGUCUUGGAGAACUUCGUUUUCGAGCCGUAUUGUCGUUACACGCUAUCGAUCUAUCCAACUCUUAUAUUUGCUCUAAGCGGUGUUUUUUCACAAAAUUAUGUCUCCCCUUUCUCCAGGAAUCUCGCCAUUACUCUCGCAGCCCUAAUUUUGGCGAUUUUUGCUUUUAUUGCACGAAUCGUGCUUGUUAUUCAUAGGCAUAGACACAGGACCCGAUAUGCUUGAAGUGAUUUGCAGAGCUAGAAAUGAACCUUGGGCUGUUAUCUACAGGCAUAGUUAUAAGACCUGAUAUGCUUGAAGUAAUUUGCUGAGCUCAAAAUUUUCGUAUCCAGUUAUUACUCUUGUUGCUUUGAUUUUUGCUCGAUAUGCUUGAGCUAAUUUGCAGGACUCUAAAUGGAUAUCUAUUUGUAUCUUGUAAAUACCCUUGUUACCUUGAUUUUUGCGAUUAUCGCAAGACUCGAUAUGCUUGAAGUAAUGUGUAGGGCUCAAAAUAAACAUAUAUUUGCUCACAAAAAUAGGCGUAAGCAAAUAUUCUGAUCAUGAUUAAUAUUGUUCUACAUUUAUAUACACAUUUAAAUACUUGCUGGACACAUUUCCAUUAUUGCUUCAAAAUUCAUAUAUGCUUGCUAAUCGAAUACACACAGUGGCGUAUCUACAUGAAAGGGCGUCCAUGGCAAAGUUUGAAAAUGAUCAUUGAUUGACAAUUUUAACGACUGUUGUUGAAAUUGAUACUUGUACGUUAUUAUUUGAAGAAAAAUACAAGUUUCAGUGUUUCCAAUUUUAAAACAUUUUAUUGCAACAUUUUAACGAUUUCAACUUUUCGCUAUUUAUGAGCUCUUGUCCUCAUGGCGCCCAUGACUGCCACACCCUAGAUACGCCUCUAACUACACAUACUAACAUUAUAUAUAUAUUGCUUAUACUUCAUAUUGCAAUAGUUUUUCAUUUAUAUCUUUUCCAUUUUGCAUACCAUCUUUAUAUUGUUCCACACUAAUUUUAUGAUCUGAUCUGCUUAAGUAAGAUUGAUUUUGGAUUCUCUCGUAGUAUGUGCAACAAGAUGGCGGGCACCGGAACGUAGUAUGUGUAUCAGAUUCGGGUUAGGGUAUAAUUUCAGGUGAAAAAACUACGGGAGUCACUUGGCUAGUUCCUGAACUCGUAACAAAUCUAAAAUAUGAAAAAUUGGAAUCAAAUUAUGGCCUAAUCCCAACCUGGUACAAUACUAUGUUCAGGUGUCUGCCAUCUUGUUGCAUGUACUAUGGGAGCGCCUGAUUUUGUUAAGAGCCAAUGCCCCAUGGGUAUGGGAACGCUGGUAUUUUGGGGUAAAACAGGGUGGGGCGGUUGCGUACCCAGGAUUUUGUUAAGGGGCCAAUGCCCCAUGGACACGGGGACACUGGUGUGUUGGGAUGAAACAGUAUGGUUAGUUUGUAUCUUACCCUUGUAUUUUUUAUUAUUGCUAUACAUUUUUUUUUAUUGCCUUUUUAUGCUUACUAAUUGACUACAAAUACCAACAUUGUCUAUAUUGUUUAUAUCUCGUAUUGCAAAAAGUUUUACAAUUUUUGUAUUUAAAUAUAUUACGUAUAUUACAGCUAACUUUCCUACCAUAACAAGUGGCAGCGUAUAAGAAUCCUUGAUAUUAAUAUUUUUCAUUCAUUUUGAAUAUUUUUUAUACAUUCUCCUCAAUUGUUCCUUGCAAAAGCAUACCCGUACCUACAACUAACCUCAUACCAGUGCCAAGCUAUGUCCUGCCACUAUAUACCGGGUGUCCAGAAAAUUACGCCCGAUUUUAUAGUAAUACAGGGUGUCAGUUACUUGUCAAUAUAUCUUAACCAGGUUUGUUGCUUUUUAAUCAGUAAUUGUUCAAGUAUUUUUAAUUCAUUUAAUACAUAAACAAAAACAAUAUAUGGUAUCGAUAAAUCCCCUUUGCAAUUUUGAAAAAUUUCAAGUCUCUAUGGACAACCUAUAUAACAGUUGAAAAUUUCUUUGUUUUUGUUUAUUAAUAGUUCAUAUUGUGAUUGUAGUUAUCAUUUAUCAUGCAAUAAAAUUUAUUUAAACUCACAAUUGCUAUUACUAUGAAAUUAGGAUUUUUAAUUGGGGGCUCCCGAAGUAUGCGAACCAAGAUGGCGGACAUCGGAAUGUAAUAUGUGUACUAGGUUAGGGUUAGGCCAUAAUUUUAAGUAUAAAUACUACGGGAGGCUCUUGGCUAGUCUUCGA